GUUUCUUUCAGGAUAUUUCUACAGGAUAGAGGACAACAUAAAUUUACUGUAAUAACAAGUACCAGAAUACCUAUUACUGCUUUAAAAUGAUAAAUAUCGAAUCUAGUUGAACAGCUUGAGCCUACACAAGUCAUGUUGUUUCUUUUCUUUUUUAACAUCAGAUGACAGCAGAGAAAAUUACCAUUGUAUGAUUGUUUUUAAUCAAGUUUAUCAAAUCCACUGGCACAUAUUUAACAAUUAUACUUAAAAAAACUAAAAAAAAAAACCUAAAAAAAAAAACUAUAGUCAUAUUUAUUAACACGCAAAUGCCAAUAGACAAUGUAAGCCAACCUUUAUAGAGCUAAAUAUUUAUAUACUGCCACUUGGUGGGGUAAACUGUGGAGAAAAUAAAAACGUAAAAAAUGAAUAAAAAAAAAAGUACUGCCUCUAAAUAAGCGAAAUAAGGGUACUUAAGUACAAUACUUCAAACUUGCACGAAAGCAAAUAAAUAAAUAAAGUAACAAGUGUGGUAACCUGAGAGCAACUGUGCCAUGAACUACAGUUACCAUGGUAAAUUUCUCUAAGGGGGUAUGAGGCCACCUUUUUCGUUUUAACGAAGUUCAGUUUUGGUAAAGGCAUUAAAUGCUGAAACUGUAAGUAUUUUUGCGGUUAAUGAGUUGAAUGGGCGUCAAAUAUUCGACAGGUGAGUUGCAGGUAAACUUGACCUCAGUUCGUUAAACCUGUGCUGCAGCUCGUGCCGGGGGCGGGCGCGUGGCUGCCGUUCUCAUGGAAAACGGUGCGUUUCAGGGCUGUCCGCAUAGCGAGCUGACAGCUUCACUAUACAAUGGCACAAUGAGCAAUGCUACUGUUCGCUGGGUUUCAGCUGAACCCUACAGGUGAUGUCACAACGCGAGACCCGAGUAAUAGGAUCUGGGACAUCUCACCCCUACUUAAACCUGACACAUCGAGCUCGCGGCUGUGGAUGCGCUUUUGAGAGGGAUCCCGUCAUUCCCAUCCUUUAACAAAAUGACAGGUGUGUUUGCCUACGAGAGCUCUGAAGUGGACUGGUGUGAGGACAACUAUAAACAUUCAGAGAAUGUUGUGGAAUAUUUCAACACGAUGAGCAGUUUCAUAUUCUUUGUGAUCUCACCCAUAAUGCUUUACCUGCUACACCCAUAUGCCAAAGAAAGAAACCUGGCUGUGCACCUGGUCUGGAUCAUGAUGGUCUUUGUAGGUCUCUUCUCCUUGUAUUUUCACAUGACUCUGAGUUUUAUGGGCCAGAUGCUGGAUGAGCUGUCAAUCCUGUGGGUUUUGGCUAUUGGCUACUCCCUGUGGUUCCCACGCAGACACUUCCCCUCUUUUAUUAAGGACAGGAGAAUGUUUUCUCAUAUGGUUCUGAUCAUCACUGUUAUAAGCACUCUGUCCUCUUUUAUCAAACCUACAGCCAAUGCCUACGCUCUCAACUGCUUCGCCAUCCAUAUCCUGUACUGUCUGUUUGUGGAAUUAAGGAGUUGCACAGAUGAGAGAGUGCUGCGUCUGGCCUGGGCAUCCAUUGGCCUGUGGGUUCUGGCUAUCUCCUGCUGGAUUAGCGAUCGCUUUGGCUGCAGCUUCUGGCAGAAACUGGACUUCUGUUAUCUGCAUGGUAUCUGGCACAUUCUGAUUGUGGUGGCCACCGCUUAUGGUAGCACUUUGAUUGCUUACUUGGACGCUAGUCUGGAGAUCCCACAUUCCCUACCUGACCUGCAGUACUGGCCACGGAAUAAAUGGUCCGUUGGGCUUCCUUACAUAGUCCUCAAAGGCACCACGAAGACACGGAAGAGAUGCUAGCAGGCACGACAAGAUGAACAAACCUCAUAUUUAAAGCUUAAUUUAACGCUGAUUUAGGACCAGCCUUUACAUUUCCAAAAUGGUGAAUAUAUUUAUAUGGGCAGGAAGGAGCUGAUCCUAGAUCAGUACCCUGAGCCACUGUACGUUAUGUGAACACUGAAGAAAAACUUGUUAUAUGAAACAAAUGUUGUGCUGAAAUUGUUGCAGUUUCUGGAACUUUCUCCACAUUUCUCACAGAACCUGAAACUGAAGUGUGUGUGUGUGUGUGUGUGAAUGUUUCUAUGCAAGUGACUGUUCAAUGAACAACAUGCUGUUGUUAUGUAAAAUUUAAUAUUUGCACUGUUGUGACAAGAUUGAAUGUAUGUACAAAGCAUUCUCCAUUUUACUUGAUUUACUUAAUACGAAUCGGAGGCUUUUUAUACCAGCUGACUGAGAAAAUUGUCAUAAGCAACUACUCGAUUCAUGGGUGAAACUUGAAUACUAAUUGUAAUAGAAAUGUUAGAUUAAUAGUCUGUUCUGAGGAUGAAAAUCAUGAUGCCUGUUCAAUGUGAGAUGUCACUUUCUGAAAUGAUUUUCUCACAUCAAUGGUGAAAUCAUUUUUUUUUUACAAAUGUAAUAACUGGGAUUAUGUAUUUUGGUGUGGCAUUUUUAAUUUUUUUUUU